UUGAUGAUGAGGCGAUGACUCAUCCAUCCUCCAAGCUUCUGCCUUUUUGGGGAUAAGUCUGUCUGAUCCAAAACUCCCACACUGAACUCUAACCCCUCGCUGCUCCUCCUGCCAUGGCCAUGUCCACAACCUCCUCCUCUCUCUCCUCUCUCUCUUCCCUCUCUCUCCACCCCUCUCCCCGCCUCUCCCUCCUCCCAUUCACCGCUGCGGCUACCCCCGCAACCAAACCCAGAAAACCCAUUUCCCUCAUCCUCUCCUCUUCCCGACCCACCACCGUUAUCUUCAAUGCCGCCGCGUCCGACGUUGAGACCUCCUUCUUCGACAACGAGGACCCCGAAUUCGACGGCGUGUUCGAGCCCCCGGAGGCCCCCGAAGACUUCGUGCCCCCGCCUUCCUUCGAUGAGGAUUCGACCGAGACCGAGGACGAAAUUGCGGCCGCGUACGAGGAGCUGUACGGUCCGGCGUACAGUGGCGUGACCAUGCUGGGGAAUGACAUUUACGUGAUGGACUCGAAGGUGAAAAAGCUUGGGGCUUUUGGGAAGCUGAAGAAGGAGAAGAUUAGAGAUGGUUUCGAGGAGAGGGUGGUGCAGGUGAGGAGGGUGACGAAGGUGGUGAAAGGAGGGAAGCAGCUGCAUUUUCGGGCGAUUGUGGUGGUCGGCGACAAGCAGGGCAAUGUGGGUGUCGGCGUCGGGAAGGCCAAGGAGGUUAUUGGGGCGGUGCAGAAGUCUGCAGUGAAUGCUAGAAGGAACAUUAUCAGUGUGCCCAUGACCAAGUACCUGACUUUUCCUCACAGAUCCGAGGGAGAUUAUGGAGCAGCAAAGGUGAUGCUGAGGCCUGCUUCUCCUGGUACUGGAGUUAUCGCCGGAGGGUCUGUGAGAAUAGUUCUCGAAAUGGCAGGUGUCGAGAAUGCUCUUGGGAAGCAACUUGGAAGCAAGAAUGCUCUCAACAAUGCUAGAGCCACGGUGGUUGCCGUACAGAAAAUGAGGCAGUUCAGAGAUGUCGCUCGUGAGCGUGGUAUCCCGAUGGAAGAGCUUUGGAAGUGAUAGAACAGAAGUAAGCAAAAGCAGCUGUUCUGCAUUGUAGAUUAAUUCUUGUAGUGCAGGCUUCUUGUUGUAAACGUAUAAGAGCCUUUAUUUUUUCAAUUUUGUCUUCAUUUGAAGCUUUUGAUGUUUUUAAACUUGGCGUAGCCUUAUCAUGUUUCCAGAGAAUCUACAAUACCACGUUGCAUUCAA